CGCCUCGGCCCGGCGAUUGGUCCCCGCCGCAGCUGCCCCGCCGCCUCGGCCCGCCUGGCUCGCCCUGCUGGCUGCCGGAGGGGCUGAGCGGCGCGGCGGCCUCGGAGCAGCCAGCGCGGGAGGCAGGCACAGCAGCGCCCAGCCGAGCCGGGCCGGAGCCGCCGAUGCGGAGCCCCGCGCGCCCGCCGCCCGAGGCUUGAGGAGGGGGCCGCCCGGCGCCUGGCCGGGGCCCGCAGGCCGGCGGGAGUUUUGGCCGCGAGCCGCUUUGUGUGUGUUCUGUGUGGUUGGCCUGAGAAGGAAGCUGUGCGGACGCCUUGCUGGGGCCUGGGCUGCGCUCAGGUGUCCCUCCUCUAAGACGGGCGCUUCUCAACCCCAGUUUUACUGAAUAAACCACCCUGGGCUGAGCUCCUAAGCCUGGAGCCACUGGAUGAGCGGGCUCCUUCUGUCUUUUUUAUGACUCCCCGUCUGGAUUUAUACCAAGUGGAAUAUCAUGAACUGAAGAAAUUGGCUCUUCUGGUUUUGCCUUCUUAAUUUUUUUCUACUUUUUCCUUUUUUUUAAGGAAGCUUUUUUUUGAUGAUAAUACUUUGAUUUUUUUUCCUUUUUAAACUUUUUUGAAAUAAAAAAAAUUGAGGCACCUCAUAUCGUGAGAAGAUGGGGAGGAAAAAGAUCCAGAUCCAGAGGAUUACGGAUGAAAGGAACCGGCAGGUGACCUUCACCAAGCGGAAGUUUGGGCUGAUGAAAAAGGCCUACGAGCUGAGCGUCCUCUGCGACUGCGAGAUCGCCCUGAUCAUCUUCAACCACUCGAACAAGCUCUUCCAGUAUGCCAGCACAGACAUGGACAAGGUGCUGCUGAAGUACACCGAGUACAACGAGCCCCACGAGAGCCGGACCAACGCAGACAUCAUCGAGACCUUAAGAAAGAAAGGUUUUAAUGGUUGUGAGAGUCCCGAACCCGACGGGGAAGACUCCAUUGACCAGAGCCCGCUGACGGAGGACAAGUACCGCAAAGCCAGUGAGGACCUGGACAACUUCUUCAAGCGCUACGGCUCCUCCGUUCCUGCUCCCAACUUUGCCAUGCCUGUGACGGUGCCAAUGGCCAACCAGAACGCCCUGCCAUUCAGCAACCCCGGGGGCUCCCUGGUGACCCCAUCGCUAGUGACUUCCUCCUUGACCGACCCCCGAUUGUUGUCCCCGCAACAGCCAGCCCUCCAGCGCAACACCGUCUCCCCGGCGCUCCCACAGAGGCCGGCCAGCGCAGGGGCGAUGCUCGGAGGGGAGCUCGGCAACACGAAUGGAGCCUGUCCCAGCCCUGUGGGCAACGGCUACGUCAGCGCCAGGGCCUCCCCGAAUCUCCUCCCCGUCUCCAACGGAAACAGUUUAGGCAAGGCCGUCCCAGCAAAGUCACCCCCGCCGCCUCCCACACACAGCAACCCGCUGGCCGCGAACAUCCGUAAGCCGGACCUCCGUGUCAUCACCUCUCAGGGCGGGAAAGGCCUCAUGCAGCACCUGACGGAGGAUCAGUUGGAUCUGCAGAACGCCCAAAGACUGGUGGUGUCUCAAGCCACGCAUUCUUUGACCACGCCGGUCGUUUCGGUGGCCACGCCCAGUCUGCUGACCCAGGGGCUGCCCUUCUCAGCGAUGCCCACGGCGUACAACACAGACUACCAGCUGAGCAGUGUGGAGCUCUCCUCCCUCCCGGCCUUCAGCUCGCCCUCCAGCCUGUCUCUGGGCAGUCUCUCUGCUUGGCAGCCGCAACCACAACAGCUGCAGCCGCCACCGCAGAUCCCGGCCUCCCUCAGCAACUUAAUACAAGGAAGCCGUCUGCCGCACGCUGCUGCCACCGCCGCCGCCUCCAUCUCCGCCGCCACCUUGACAGUCAACACCAGCCCCAGCAUCAGCAUCAAGUCGGAACCCGUCUCACCUAGCCGCGAGCGCAACAGUGGCACCCCGCUCUCCUCCUCUUCCUUCCCCCACCAGGCCCGCCACGAGCCCAGCGGACGCUCGCCCGUGGACAGUCUCAGCAGCAACGCCAGCUCCUACGAGGGCCCCCCCGAGCGGGAGGACCCCUCCCGGCCCGACUUUGGCUCCUCCCUCGGGCUCCUGAGACCCAGCGCCGAGGCCGAGGGGGAGAACCCCUCCAUCAAACGCAUGCGCUUGGACGCCUGGGCCACGUAACUGCCCCCCACGUGGCCCCCUCAUUCCUGCAGGGGGCUCUCGGCUCCCCUCCGUAGUUGUGUUGGGGGGAGUGGAAAA